AGAGGGGCGGGGCUAUCUGGCGAGCACGAGGAAAGGAAGGUGGAGUAGAGCGCGGGUCCUAGUGUCGGUCGGGAAGCUCUUGCCUCCUCUUGUCCGCCGGCCGGUACCGGCGCAGCGGCGUCCGCGUGGUGGUUCCCUGGACUCUGAGCCAGCGGUGGUUGGAGCUACACAGCUUGUGUCAUGGACUCUGAGGUCAGCAACGGCUCAGGCCUGGAGGCUGAGCACAUCACAAACCUGCUGGUGUUCGGCUUUCUCCAAAGCUCUGACUGUAAUUUCCACCAAGAGCUGGAGGUACUGGGUCAGGAACUGCCUGUGCAGGUUUACCCGGAUGCAGACCUCGAAGAUGAGCUGCAGACAGAUGGCAGCCGGGCUAGCCGCUCCUUCUACCAUGGAAGACUAGAGCCAGAUUCUGAAAGUCAGGAAGAAAUCAUCCAGAACAUUGCCAGACAUCUCGCCCAAGUAGGCGAUGAGAUGGACCGGAGCAUCCAGCCCACGCUGGUGAGGCAGCUGGCCACACAGUUCGUGAAUGGCAGCCUGUCAGAGGAAGACAGAAGGAACUGCCUGGCCAAAGCCCUCGAUGAGAUGAAGACAGCCUUCCCUAGAGACAUGGAGAACGACAAGGCCAUGCUGAUAAUGACCAUGCUGUUGGCCAAAAAAGUGGCCAGUCAUACACCGUCUUUGCUCCGUGAUAUCUUCCGCACGACUGUGAACUUUAUUAACCAGAACCUAUUCUCCUAUGUGAGGAGCUUGGUUAGAAAUGAGAUGGACUGAGGGUGCCUGCAGAAGCUGGACCCCAAUAUGGCAAGAAUAGUGAAGCUGCCUCCAAAGGAACUGUGACCAUGUAAACAGACAUUGGAGUGAAGACGGGUCCCAGAGAACUGCCGCCUCCCUGGUUCCAGGAGGCAGGAAUCCCAAGCCGGUGAUUCUCUCUAGCAUUUAUACAUCCAGCUUGAGUGUAUCCAAAGAGUUCACGCCAGUUCCCGUAUCCACACCACGCACCUUUGUCUUAUCAGCUGUAUGGGUUCCCACUUGGAAAUUAAAUUUAAAAGUGGGCUGCAAGGCAGAAAAGCAUAUUCGUCAUGUGACGGGACUGUUUGUGAGAGGCCAGCUCUGGGACUCAGUCUUCACCGUGUAGGUAAGCUUCUGUUUAAAGAGAACAGCACCAGGAGAGGUGCAUCGGCCCAGGAGUGUGCCGUCCACCCAGCCCAGUGGACACCCCAGUGCUCACAAGGCCACCCCCUGGCUUUGUGAAAGCUGAAUGACUACUCUCAAACCAUGGGAAGCCCAACUACCCACCCCACCCCCACCCAGGAGUUCAGCUGUUCCAGGAAUCAACUUGUUUUCUCAAGAUUUCUAUUCCAGUGGACAAACUGAAUCGUGCAUCCGACUUGUCUGUGUGAUGUCAGUUGUUACGGUCAAGCUCUUGCAAGGGAAUGCAAAGAGUAACUCACAUCAAGUGUCAAAGCAGAACGGACAGAAGAGAUCUGAAACAGCCAGUAAUCCAAACAGCAGCAGCUCCCUCACAGUUCACAAAGGGUGACUUCGAGUCUGAUAUACUUUCUUGGUUGUAAAGCAAAGUUGCCAUCCUCUUUCCCCAGGCGACAUCACAGAAGAUUCUGUGUAUCAAACCAAAUGUUCCCUUCGCUUUUGCAUUUCAGAGACAAGGUUUCGCUGUACUGGGGUAAGUCUUCUGCUGAACUUUGCGAAAGCUGGGCUUGUAGGCAUGAGCCACCACAGCCUGCAUGUAUUCUAGUUUGGAACACAUCGAUGCCAGCCAUAAGGGUUGUGACGGUUUGGGUGUAGCCUGUAAAUUGGUGAAUUUUUCUUUAGUAACAUGAUCUUUGUGUGGGUAAAAUUGAGAAAUUAUUUUAAUUCAGAGAAUAUUUUUCAUUGUUCUAAAAAUACGUGGAUUGCUUUAAGUGACAGAAAUUUGUUUCUUCAAAAUAAAAUAAAAGGUUCUUCUCU